AUGCAUAAAAAAUUUAACAUCUUAUUCGAGUAUGUUAAAGAAUCAAUACUGAAAAAUAUUCAAGAAACAAGAAAUGCAUUUAUUCAUAGUCAACUUUUAUAUGAAAAUAUAUAUGAAACACGGACAUAUCGAAAUGACCGUUGUAAAAAAUUCAAUGAAAAAUUUUUAAUUUUCAAUAAAGCUAAAGUAUUAAAUAAUUCUCAUUUAAAUAUUGAUUUAAAUAAAAUUGAACAAGAAUGUUCAUUAUCAUUCCAAAAGCAAAUUCGAGAUAUUAUUUCUUAUGUUGAAACUAUUUUAAAUCGUUUUUCAAUAGAUAAUGAUUACAUUGAACUUGAUCGAUGUUAUCUUAAUUUGAUAUCAUUUCGACAAGAAAUGGCAGCAGUAAAAUGUGAAGUAAACGAAACAAUAGAUAAAAUUGAAAAAAUUAUUUUUGAAAAAAUUAAAAUGUGGAUACAUUCAGCUAGAGGACAUUUAACACGUGAAAAUCUUGCUUCAAUAUUAAUAAAUAUGAAACGUCUAUCGCUUCAUAUGUCUUCAUUUAAGAGUAAAAUUGAUCAACAAAUAGAUGAAUUACUUAAUUAUUAUGAAAGUAAAAUGGGUCGUACUAUGUUUAUUAUUAGAGAGUUAAUUAGACUUUUAAUACAAGAUACAAGUGGUAUAGAUCCAAGGAAGGAUAUUAUUCAAGAGUUAUAUAGACUUUUAGAAAACUAUCCAACUAACAUAGGUCUAAUUAUCAUUUUUCAGCAUCCAUAUUUUUCGCUUCUUUUUAAAAUAAAAAAAUUUCCAAGAAAUAGCAUUGAAUAUGUGUUAACUCACAUACAAGGAGAUUUUAUAGAUACAAGACAACUAGAAAAACGAUAUAAUGAAUUUAAUGAAAUCUAUCAUGACUUAAUUCAACAAAAUCUAAAGCCUAAUAUGAAAUUAGAUCAAUUAAUAACAAGUAUUAAACUAAUAACAAGAAACAUAAAACAGGAAUCAAAUAAGAUAGAAUGGAAUGCAUAUGUAAGAAGUAAAGUUCCAAAAUUAGUAGCAUAUACUUUUGCUUUAUGGACAUUGAAAAAGGCCGAACAUUCUCGUGAAGCUGAAGAUUCAGAUAAUCGAAAUAAUUAUCUUUUUCAGCCUUAUGUAGCUCAAGUGAUUUCUAUAUUUCGUAUGUUCGGUAUAGGUUAUAUGAAUAUGAAUGAAGAAUUAAAAAAUAAUUUAGUAGAUAUAGGUCCUAGUGAAGGAAAAUCAAUUGUAUUGGGAAUCACAGCUUGUAUAUUAGCACUUUUUGGUUUUGAUGUACAUUGUGCAUGUUAUACUCAAUAUUUAAGUCAAAGAAAUUAUCAAACAUUUGUACCAUUAUUUGAUUCAUUAGGCUUGUUAAGUAAUAUACAUUAUAGUACGUUAAAUAAACUUUGUGAAAAUCUAAUUAAUGAUAAUGGUGAUAUUUGUCAAUUAGUUGAACAAAUAAUUUCUACAGAUUCUAAUAUUCGAAUAGAAAAUAAUCAAAAUAUAAAACGUGCUAAAAUAUUAUUAAUUGAUGAAGUUGAUAUUUUUUUUAGUGAAAAUUUUUAUAGUAAUAUUUAUACACCAACAAUUAAAUUACGAGAUCCUAUUAUAAAAUCAUUAAUUUAUUUUAUUUGGAAAGAAAGAAAUUCAAAUUUAAAUCUUAAUCAAUUAAAAACUACAUAUGAAUAUAAUGAAUGUUAUAAGAAAUAUCCUAAUUGGAUAUUAUUAUUUGACGAAAUAAUAAAAGAUAUACUUGUUGAUAUUAAACAUUUUGAAUCACAUAGUUAUAUCGUUAAUCAGAAUAAAAUUGAAUAUAUACAAUUGGAUAAUAUUGUCUAUGAUUAUAAAACUCUUUUUACUUAUUUUUAUGAAUAUGAAAAAGGAAAUAUUACCAAACAAAGUUUAGAAGAAAAUAUAUACAUAAAAAUUAAGUGUGGGAAUUUUUCAUAUGUUGAAAUACCAUUUGAAUUUCAAUAUAUUAUAGGUGUUACAAGUACAUUAAAAAUUUUAAAUAAUUUUGAAAGAGAAAUAAUACAAAAUUUAUAUAAGAUUAGAUACAUUACAUUUAUCCCAUCUGUAUUCGUUAAUAAUCUUAAAUUUUUAAUAAAAGAUGAUAUUUGGAUUGAAAAUGAAAAUGAUUAUUUUAUUGUAAUAAAACAAGAAAUUGAAAAGAUAACAGCAUUAGAAAAACGUGCUGUUCUUGUAUUUUUUGAAUCAAAACUAAAAUUAAAAGAAUUCUAUAAUUCAACAGUAUUAGAUUCAUUAAAACAAUCAGUUAUUUAUAUAACUGAAGAAAUGUCAUUUGUCGAACAAGAGAUUCUAAUUAAACGACCAAUUGUAUCAGGUCAAAUAAUAUUAUUGACAAAAACUUUUGGUAGAGGAACAGAUUUUAUAUGUUAUGAUGAAAUGCUCACUGAAAAUGGUGGUAUUCAUGUUAUUCAAACUUUUAUUUCAGAAGAUAUAUUAGAAGAAAUACAAAUACAAGGUAGAACAGCAAGACAAGGUAAUCAUGGAUCUUAUAGUAUAAUACUACGCAUUCGUGAUCUUGAAAAAUUUCAUAUAAAAAAUAUUGAUAUUGAAAAUUUUAAAAAUGCUAAAGAGAUUCUUUCUCAAAUUUCUGAUAUGGUUAGAAUUUCAAAAACUUAUCAUACUAUAUAUGAAUUUCUUUAUGAAAGACGCAAUAAUUUAUUGAAAAUAAAGUAUGACAUAAACAAAGAAUAUAUUUAUUAUGCAAAAGAAAAACAUUACAUUGCUAAAAAAUUUUUAUCGAAUCUUAUUUCUGGCAAUAUCGAUUUUGUUAAAGACUUUUUAUUUCAUGAGAAUAAAGGAGUAGAAGGUUCAUAUGUCUCAAGAACCAUAUGUCUUAUAGAUGCAUCGAGUUCAAUGUAUUGUUUAUUACAUAAGUGUAAAAAGACAGUGGACAUUAUGUUAGAACGAAUUUCAGAAAUUUUGAAAUGUUUUAAUCUUACAUCAGAUUUAUUUCAAAUUCAAUUUGUUGUAUAUCAAAAUUAUAAUCAUAAAGAAGAUGAAAUUCUGAAAAUUUCUCCUUGGGAAACUAAAUCAGAUAAUCUACGUGUUUUUAUGAAUAGUAUUGAAAUUGACAAAGAUGGAGGUAAUAAAGCUAUUGAAAUUGGUUUAUGUCAUGCAAAUCAAGAAAAUAUCACACAAGUUAUUUUGAUAGGUAAUACUUCUCCAAAUACGCAGAAGGAUGUUUAUGAGAAAAGAAAUUACUAUACGGAAAACUACUGGAAACAUACUAAAUUUGCACGACCGACCUAUUAUCAACAGGAGUUAGAAAAAUUAAGAGCAUAUAAAAUUCCAGUACAGACUUUUUUUGUUGAACAACAAGUUGAAGAAGUUUUUAAAGAGAUCGCUCAAAAAACAGGUGGACGUUAUGAAAUGUUCGACAUAAAUUCCUCAUCAAGUUUACAUAUGUUAACAGAUCUAAUAGCUCAAGAAAUUUUAAGAAACGUUGGAGGAUCUUCAAAAGGAGAUGCUUUAGUUGAAGCAUACCGGAGCAAAUAUAACAGAAAUUAUACAUAG